AUGGAGAAACGUAAACCGGCCGGCCUGCUGCCCUCGCCGUACCACCUCCGCACCGUGCCCUCGGACCUGCCGGGGACCCAGACCCGCCUCCCUCUCAGGAACCCGCUCAGGGUCUCCCGUCGUCUGGACGCCGCGUGCUGGCCGCGGGCGCCCAUGGGCUGCGCCGCGAGGCCGCCCUGCCGGGCCCUGCCGCCUGAGGGCGCCGUGGAGCCCGCCUUCCUCCGCCGGCGCAACGAGCGCGAGCGGCAGCGGGUGCGCUGCGUGAACGAGGGCUACGCGCGCCUGCGAGACCACCUGCCCAGGGAGCUGGCCGACCGGCGGCUCAGCAAGGUGGAGACGCUCCGCGCCGCCAUCGGCUACAUCAGACACCUCCAGGAGCUGCUGGAGCGCCACGGCCGGGGACAGGAGGGCCCCGCCGGCGCCCGCCCCCCGCGCCCGGCCGAGUGCAACAGCGACGGCGAGUCCAAGGCCUCGUCGGCGCCUUCGCCCUGCAGCGAGCCCGAGGAGGCGGGCAGCUAG